UGAAAAUCAUCUUUAGGUCUCCGACUUUUUACUUUCCGUUUUGUCACCCAUAAAAAACCAAAAAAAAAGAAAAAAACUGUAGUUCAUGGUUCAGGGUCACAAUGGGGCUUUUAAAAAGAUUUGAAGUCAAUGCUCUAUUCUUUGUGGGUCUAGCCCUGCUGCUCUCUUGUGGGGCAAAAGGUGCCCGCCGUGGCCUUGUUAACAAUGAUCCUGCAGUUUUUGAUGUUACAAAGUUUGGUGCUGUGGCGGAUGGCGAAACCGAGUGCGCACAGGCAUUUAUACAAACAUUUAACGCUGCAUGCGCAUCGACCGGACCAUCCACUGUUCUUAUCCCACCAGGGACCUAUUUGUCCGGAGAAGUCUUUUUCCAAGGCCCAUGUAGCUCGAGUCCGAUAACAGUUGAAAUGCAGGGUACCAUAUUGGCCCAAACCGACCUCACAUUGUACAAUAAUGGUGUAUGGUUCACCGUCGAAAACUUUGACGGUUUAGUCAUGAGAGGCGGAGGCACCUUUAACGGCCAAGGAGAGAAGGCAUGGCCAAAGGAUUCUUGUGGUUUUAAAGCUGCCUGCGAAAACCGUCUCGCACCGUCUCUUGUAUUCAGCAACAUGAACAAUUCACUUCUUCAAGACAUAAAUCUGGUGAAUAGUAAAGGAUUCCACAUGAAAAUUUUCCACUGCAACUUCUUCACGGCCCAUAAUCUUAACAUAGCUGCACCCGGGGACAGUCCUAACACAGAUGGCAUCCAUAUAAGCGAGUCCGAUCAAGUCACUAUAACAGAUUCUACGAUUGGGACCGGUGACGAUUGUAUCUCUAUCGGUGAAGGCUCUUCUAAUCUUAACAUCUCUCGUAUCACUUGUGGCCCGGGACACGGAAUUAGUGUUGGGAGCCUUGGCCUCCGUCCAAAUGAAAGGGAUGUCAUAGGAAUUGUGGUGACUAAUUGCACGCUAACAAAUACGACGAACGGUGCAAGGAUUAAGACAUGGCACAACUCUCCUCCAACUCACGCUUCGGGCAUUGUUUUCGACGAUAUAGUCAUGAACGAUGUUAGGAAUCCAAUCUUCAUCGAUCAGAACUACGGUUCAAAGCAGAAACAAGGGUCAUCAUCAGUGAAGAUUAGUGACGUCCACUUCAGGAACAUAAGGGGAACCACGAUCACCAAUGAAGCAGUUUCUCUGCAAUGCAGCACGACUGUGCCUUGUGAAGGCAUCGAAUUGGUUGACAUUAAUCUCACCUUUAUCGGAAUUACUUCUCCGACAAUAGCGUUGCCUUUUUCAGCUUCUUGUGCAAAUGCCAAGGCAGCGUUUUUGGGUCAACAGAGCCCCGCGGCUUGCGCGUCGUAAGUUUGGGGUUCGAGCGAUUAAGCGCCACUCGUAACAUAUUGUUGUAGAAUGUAAAAUCUAUAUAUAUAUAUGGAGCUCUUUAUUAAUCACAUGCUCUUUUGAUUUCUGAUCAAUAUUAUUCUGCUUCUUCUCAACGCAACUUAUAUUAAACCCCUUUCAACUA